CGGAUAUAGGGCAGCGGUAGCGGGCGAGUCGGGAGCGCGAACCGGACCGAGAUGGAGCGUGUGGUGCUGGUGACGGGAGCCAGCGGCGGCGUGGGGCUGGCGUUGUGCCGGCGGCUGCUGGGGGAGGAUGGACGCAUCCACCUGUGCCUCGCCUGUCGCAACACCCAGAAGGCAGAGGCCACGCGGGACUUGGUGCUGCAGGAGUACCCCGCCGCGCAGGUCUCCACCGUGGAGGUAGACCUGGGCAACCUGGCCUCCGUGCUGCGUGCUGCGCAGGAGCUGCGCUGCAGGUUCCAGCGCCUGGACUUUGUCUACCUCAAUGCCGGCAUCAUGCCCAACCCUCAUGUGAACUUCAAGGCCCUGUGGAAGGGGCUCCUGACCGGGAAGGUGCUCCAUAUGCUGACCACUGCAGAAGGCAUCAUGACACAGACAGACAGACUGAAUGGGGACGGUUUGCAGGAGGUGUUUACCACCAACCUCUUUGGGCACUUCAUCCUGAUUCGUCAGCUCGAAUCUCUGCUCUGCGGUAAUGAAAAGCCAUCACGACUCAUCUGGACCUCCUCCAGCAAUGCAAGGGAAUCUGCCUUCAGCCUGUCUGACUAUCAGCAUGCCAAGGGGCAGGAAUCAUACAGUUCCUCCAAAUAUGCCACUGACCUGACAAGUGUGGUUCUGAACAGGAAAUUUAAUAAGCAGGGUCUGUAUUCCAGUGUUGUUUGUCCUGGCCUUGUUAUGUCCAACAUGACCUUCCGAAUUUUGCCAGUUUUUCUGUGGGUGCUGCUGAUGCCCAUCAUGUUUUUGAUACGUUUCUUUGCCAAGACUUACACUCUGACACCGUAUAAUGGAGCAGAAGCUCAUGUGUGGCUGUUCAAGCAGAAGCCAGAAUACCUGGAUCCACUUGUCAAGUACCACAGCUGUACCUCUGGACUGGGGAAGAACUUUGUGGAGCCUAGAAAGCUUGAUGUGGAUGAAGAAACUGCUGAGAAAUUUUACCAGAAGCUGUUGGAACUGGAGGAGCAAACUCUAGAGAAAUAUGGCGAUCUCCUAGAUUAAAUAAAACUCGUUCUCAGUGA